GGCGGAAGGCCGUUGCCGGGCAACGCCCGGGCGCCGCGCUCCCCCGCCAGGCCCCGCCCCCUGCGGAGGUGGGCUCGGUGUCACGUGACCCGGACCCUACGGGAGGGGGCGCGGUCGGGGGCCCGGCGGAGCCGGCAGCGUAGGGAGGUGCGAGUCCGAGGGGUGCGCGCCGGGCUCCCAGGCCCGGACCCCAGCCCCGCUGGACGGCGGGAGAAACUGAGGCCCGAGUGGUUCUACAGUUCUACCCCUACUGCGUUCAGAGAACAGAAACCCCAGGAUGUGACGGGCCUGUGCCUUCCUUGGGGGAAGAUUCGUGCCCCCCUGAAUCGUGAAGUCCUUGGCCUGUUUCUCUCUUUCACCUUCUCCCCGGAACAAGUAAAUCCACUCCCACAGCUCAAGUCACAUCUUAACCGUGACGACACAGGCUCCUUCCUGGUGUCUCCAGAGUCAUCUCUCCGGGUCCCCCCAGCUGUCACUUCCAAUGUUCGUCACAUCACUCAGGGCCAGUCUCGUGUCUGUCGAGCAUCUGCUCCAUGUCUGGCAGUUUGGGGGCCACUGAGGACCCAACAGCGAACAAAGCAGAAGCAAGUUUCCGUUUCCUUCCUGCCUCGUGGAGCUGACGCUCUAAGAGGAGAGAGGGACAGGGAGCAUGUAACAGAUCAUCAGGAUGAUUUCAGAUCAUGACCCUGCAGACUCAGAGCCGGCCAUGAAGGUUCUGCUCCUCACGGGGCUGGGAGCCCUGUUCUUCUCCUACUACUGGGAUGACAACUUUGACCCUGCCUCCAGGGAGCCCGGGUGCUGCUGACCGGGGCCAGCGCAGGCGUCGGGGAGGAGCUGGCCUAUCACUACGCUCGCCUGGGCUCCCACCUGGUGCUCACAGCCCACACCGAGGCUUUCCUGCAGAAGGUGGUAGGGAACUGCCGGAAGCUGGGCGCUCCCGAGGUCUUCUACAUCGCUGCGGACAUGGCCUCCCCCGAGGUGCCCGGGCGCGUGGUGCAGUUUGCGCUGGACAAGCUGGGAGGCGGGAGCUUCCCGGGGCGGAACGCACGGGGUCAGUGCUCCGGCCGCAGCUUCCCGAGUUCAAGGUGACGGGGCCCAGGGGAGGGGUCUCUUCGAGGACUAGCUCCUUGCUGAUGGGCCUCUCUGGGCCAGGAGGGCUGGACUACCUCGUGCUGAACCACCUCGGCGCCACCCCGGCAGGCACGCGGUCCCGGAGCAUCCAGGGGACACGCUGGCUCCUGCAGGUGAACUUGCUGAGUUACGUGCAGCUGACCUCGCUGGCGCUGCCCAGCCUGACCGACAGCAGAGGCUCCCUGGUGGUCGUGUCCUCGCUGCUCGGCCGUGUGCCCACGUCCUUCUCCAGCCCGUACUCGGCGGCCAAGUUCGCGCUGGACGGCUUCUUCGGCUCCCUGCGGCGGGAGCUGGACGUGCAGGACGUGAACGUGGCCAUCACCAUGUGUGUCCUGGGCCUCCGGGACCGCGCCUCGGCCGCCGAGGCAGUCAGGGGAGUCACGAGGGCCAAGGCGGCCCCGGGGCCCAAGGCGGCCCUGGCGGUGAUCCGCGGCGGUGCCACCCGCGCCCCCGGCGUCUUCUACCCGUGGCGCUUCCACCUGCUGGGCCUGCUCCGGGGAUGGCUGCCGCACCCGAGGGCCUGGUUCAUCCGCCAGGAGCUCAACGUCACCGCUGUCGCCGCUGCCGCUGCCUGAGCUCCCGGGGCGGCGCUCCUUCGUCUUCCCAGAGGGGAGCCCUCCAUCCAGCCGUCCCAGAGCGGCGACACCCAUCGAGACACCUCUGAGCCGGUGGCCGAGGCCCGAGCCAGAGUCAUCAAGACAGAAAAGGAAAACUGAGAAAAACUUGCCAGCACCUGGAAAGAGCCGCAGCUCCGAGUUUGCAAGCGCUGAUCGUGUGCCAGGCACCUGGUCACCGACUUGGAAGGCGUUUCCUCAGUCAUCCGGGCCACUGUGGGUGACAUGGUUGCUGCUUCCAUUUUGCAGAUGAGAAAGCUGAGGCUAAGAGAGGGGGUGUGACUCUCCCCAGGCCCCAGGCUGCAUCCAUGAGGGCACCCGGGGAACCCUGGCCAUUUGUUGGAACCACCGCAUCCCUGGUCUCUUUCUGCUCGCUCAACCUUGGAGCGGCCCCUACCCUUGCCCCCGCAGGUGACAGCCUUGAGGCCGCCCCUCUGCGGAUGGGGUCCCGGGCGCGGAGGAGGGAAAGGAUGUGCUCUGGGCUGGACCCAGCCUUCUGUUUCACAAUAAAAACCCUUCUUUUGCACAUA